CCGGCGGCCGCGUGGAGGGCGGGACGCGCUGCUCCCGAGGUGGCUCCGGCCUCCGGGCGCCCGCGCCGGGCUCGCACCCCUUCCCUGCCGCCCGGCGCCUCGGCUGCACCCGGUUGCCCCAGGCUCGGGGCUUAGUGAGCAGGCACGAGCCCCUGCCGCAGACUUGCUGCCUGAGGACACACCACCCGAAUUUGCCCACUUUUCUUGUAUAACUAAUUCUGAUGGCUGGGAAUAAAGGACGUGGACGUGCAGCUUAUACCUUUAAUAUUGAGGCAGUUGGAUUUGGCAGAGGUGAAAAGUUACCUGAUGUAGUAUUGAAACCACCCCCGCUAUUUCCCGAUACAGAUUAUAAACCAGUGCCACUGAAAGCAGGAGAGGGUGAAGAUUACAUGCUGGCCUUGAAACAGGAGUUGAGAGAAACUAUGAAAAGAAUGCCUUAUUAUAUAGAAACACCCGAAGAAAAACAAGAUAUUGAAAGAUAUAGUAAAAGAUAUAUGAAGGUGUACAAAGAGGAGUGGAUACCAGAUUGGAGAAGACUCCCAAGAGAAAUGAUGCCAAGGAAGAAGUGCAAAAAAGGCCCCAAAUCCGAAAAGGCGAAAGAUACAGGCAAAGGCGCUUCGCUCACUAAUACUGCAGAUGUGUUGAAAAAAAUCGAGGAAUUGGAAAAGAGAGGUGAUGGUGAAAAAUCAGAUGAGGAAAAUGAAGAGAAAGAAGGAAGCAAAGAGAAAAGUAAAGAAGGUGAUGAGGAGGAGGACGAUGAUGCUGCAGAACAAGAGGAAUAUGAUGAAGAAGAGCAAGAAGAGGAAAAUGACUACAUUAAUUCAUACUUUGAAGAUGGAGAUGAUUUUGGUGCAGACAGUGACGACAACAUGGAUGAAGCAACCUAUUAAGCUAUGAAACUUCUCCAAAUAUAUCUUUCUGCUGAUACCACUUCUGAACAUUUGGACAGCCUUGUUUUCUAUUUCUGAUAUUUUUGUUCUUGUUUUGUUGGACAAAUAUUUGCUGUCAAAAUACUCAGAACCACUUAGAGUUUACAUACUGGUUAUCUUACCCAUUAGUCUCUGAUACUGUCCCAUUUCUUUUCAACACCUCUGUCAUCUUAUGUAUUCAGAUGGAUUUUUUUGGUAUCAUUUCGAUUUCAAUGUGCCUAGAGUUUUUGCAUCUUUUAAUCUGUGUAUUCACAUUUGGACAAAUUAUUCUUGUUGAACUCGAUCUGUUGUAAAACUGUUACUAGUCAUCAUAGUGGAUUUCUGUCUUCUGAAAGUUGACUUCAUACCGCACAGAGAGCACUUUAAAAACAAAGAAACUUGAAGCUAAUUUUCUUUUACUUUUGCAUGGUACGUUCUGUGCUGCAUUGAGACUACAUAAACCUGAGCUCUUAACAAUUGCACAUUUUAAGAGAGUGGAAGUUUUGUGAUUAAAAACAGACACACACAGGAAAAUGCUGAUCUGAAUGGUAUGGGUUUCCCAGCUCACAUCUCAGCCCUUACAAAAACCUGGGGUGAAUAUUAACAAAUACUUGAAUUUGGAGCCAACUCAGUACCAUAUAUUGAUUAAUCAUCCCACUAUAAGUUUGAUAUCUUUGAAUAGUUGGGCUUAUGAAAAAUUAAGAUAUCUUAUUUUGUAUUUUACCAAAGUGUAGAGAAAGUGCUAGUCAUAUAAAUCUCAGUGCAGAAUGCACGUUUGAAAUCUGUGAGGUGUAGUUGCUGUUAUUAAAUUUCACAGGACUCCUAGUUAUCCAGCCGAUUUAUAUAACAAUGCAAAAUGCAACUCAGGUCAUUUUAAAAUUAAGAUUAAUUUUUCUUGUUUCAAUUAUAAACUGGCUCCCUUGCCUUUUUAUGUUUUGGCAGGGAAAAUACCUAAGACCCCCAGCCUCCAAAGACACACAAUUGCCAAAGAUUUUCAGUGGAAUUUGUAUUAUAUAUUUUUUAAUGAUUUAUUAGUAUUACUUUCCAAAAAGAAUAAAGAAAAUAAUUUUUCCCCUUUAGGAAGAUACUACCCAUCACCCUCUAAUCUUGAGAAUCAAAGCCGUAGAUUCUAUUUCUACCUUUGCUAUUAGACUCAACCUUGAAAAUGAGCUUGGUUAAGUUUUCUGUGCCUUAGUUUCCCCACCUGUAAACUAUUUCCUAUAAAAAUUGCUUACACACUAAACAAAAUUUGCCAUGUGUAUUCAUUGAUACCUUAACAGAAAUGAUCACUUAAUUUGGUUCUUGCCCUCUAAAAAAGAUGUGGCCUUGUAAGUGACUGAAAACAAACUUCUGGAAAACUAACAUGUUUUCCUCACAAAAUAUAUUAUAACCUGAUUUUCCCAUCUUAUAUUCUGGAGGGGAGGACUGAAGAAAAUUUAUAUUGUCUUUGACCAUUUUGUAACAUGACUUUCUCAGGAAAAACAUCACUUUCAAUUUUAAUACCUCCUCAGAUAAUUCAAGGUGGGUGUGAAGACCAUUGUUAGUUCAGUGCUAUAUCAAUCAUAUGUGCGUUACUUGUUGAAGUAAGCUUCUGGGGAAUUUUAAAUAUUUUAAAUGGAAAACAUAAAAAGUCCAUGUUAAAACAGCAAUCUGCUGGACUUAAAAUAGAAACUCAAAUCAAGUUUCUAGUUGUGAUGGGCAAAUUACAUCACUUAGGAUUGUAAAGUAAGACAUUGAUGUUUUAGUCUCUUACCUCUUUAGUCUAAUACCAUUUAAUUUAUACAAACCUGAUUUCAAUGGCUCUGUUGACUUGCUUUAAUAUAAAUCUGCAGAUAACCCUGUGAAUUGGUCAAAUGCACUAAAGAUCUAGGUAUUUUUAUUCCUAGCUCUCAAUUUUGCCUCCAGUGUUAGUCCAGCAGAUGGUAAGACAACCCAUUUGGGCAAGGACUUGCUCCCAGGAGGCCCCAGCCCCAUCUGCCUUAAGUGCAGGGUCUUCCCUCUUUGGAAGAUCUUUUUUAUAAGUUUAAAGUAGACUAAACGGUGAAGACAGGGAGUAUUUAAAGGUUGCUUUACCAGUAUGAAUCUUGUCUUUCUGGCUUAGAAUCUGAGAGACUGUGAAGUUAGUUAUUCCACAAGAAGGUAAACUUUAAUGCAGAGAGAGCCUCCUGUAUAUAAAAAAGUACUUGUUGGUGAAGUGUCUUUAAAAUUGCUAUAUUAACAGGCAAAAUUGUUUUGUUGCUUAUUUUUCUGUUUACACAUUAAAUUCUUACAAAACAAA